UAAAUGAAGGAGAGAGGUUAUGCAAGUGGCACCUGUCGCCGUUAACUGAUUUUUACGCAGUAAUUGAAUUAGAGGAGAGGAGCGUCGGAGGCGGGGGGAGGAGGGCGGAAGGAGGCGGGAGGAGGGGCGCUGCUGACAGGUAGACGAGCUGUGCGCUGUCCGCGGUUCUGAUACCUCCUCCGGCUGCUGCCUCACCUCAGAUUUCACUGGAGCUCCGCCGACCCGCACCGGCUGGAGAAUUUCACUUUUGCAACUCAAUUUCUCAAAGAAUUGUGAAAAGGACUCACCGCGCCCCUCACGUCCUACCAAAAAAGAAAAAAAACACAUCAACUUUACAUUUUCUGCGUUGCUGUCUUCUAAUCGCUGCCUGGAUCUUAAAAUGGCACUGCGUGGAUUAACAUUGCGCAAGGCAAAAGCGGACUUAUUUGACUGCUGUUUUGUGACUGUGAAACCAGCCCUUUCAGACUGAACGCGUUUCGUCUCUUGGCUCAUCUUUUCAGGACAUCGAGACAUUUUUUUCUGCUUUACAGACAAGAGCGCGUCAUUGGGAUUAAUAUUUUAACAAUAUGCUCAUUAAUGCAGCGCAGCCAUUUCUUAUAGUAUUAUAGAAUUUUAUAGAGGAUUUGGAUAUGGAGCCAGGCGUGGAGAAAGCUGCCCCCACCACCAAGGAGGGAAUAAAACAGAUCGCAGGAAAGGCCCUCGGGAAAAUAUAUAGGAGGCUGGAAAAGAAGCAGCAGACAGGUGAGGCGAUCGAGCUCACGGAGGAUGGCAGACCCACGGGGGAACCGGAGCGGAAGGCGCCCCUCUGUGACUGCACUUGCUUCGGGCUUCCGCGCAGAUACAUCAUCGCUAUGCUGAGCGGGAUGGGCUUCUGCAUCUCCUUCGGCAUCCGGUGUAACUUGGGUGUGGCCAUCGUCAGCAUGGUCAAUAACAGCACGAUCCACCAAAACGGCAAGAUCAUCGUCACGGAGAAAGCAAAAUUCAACUGGGACCCAGAGAUCGUGGGGAUGAUUCAUGGCUCCUUCUUCUGGGGGUACAUAGUGACUCAGAUCCCAGGAGGGUAUAUCUCCUCCAGGCUGGCUGCAAACAGGGUUUUCGGUGCUGCCAUUGUGCUGACAUCCAUCUUGAACAUGUUCAUUCCUUCUGCCGCCCGGACGCACUACGGAUGCGUCAUCUUUGUGAGGAUAUUACAAGGGUUGGUGGAGGGAGUGACUUAUCCAGCCUGCCACGGGAUAUGGAGCAAAUGGGCUCCGCCGCUGGAGAGGAGUCGUCUCGCAACCAUUUCCUUCUGUGGGUCCUAUGCUGGUGCAGUGAUAGCCAUGCCUCUGGCUGGGAUCCUGGUGCAGUACGCUGGCUGGUCCUGUGUCUUCUAUGUGUAUGGAUGCUUCGGGAUAUUUUGGUACAUGUUCUGGGUCCUGGUGUCCUACGAGAGCCCGGCGGAGCACCCCACCAUCACUGACGAGGAGCGCCGUUACAUCGAGGAUAGCAUCGGUGAAACCGCCCAACUGAUGAGCGCGAUGGAGAAAUACAAGACCCCCUGGAGGAAGUUCUUCACCUCCAUGCCUGUCUAUGCAAUCAUUGUGGCCAACUUCUGCAGGAGCUGGACCUUUUAUCUGCUCCUUAUCAGCCAGCCUGCAUACUUUGAGGAGGUGUUUGGCUUUGAAAUCAGCAAGGUUGGAAUGGUGUCAGCACUUCCUCACCUGGUCAUGACCAUCAUCGUGCCCUUAGGAGGCCAGUUAGCCGACUACCUGCGGACCCACAACAUCUUGUCCACCACCACGGUCCGGAAGAUCAUGAACUGUGGAGGGUUCGGUAUGGAGGCCACUCUCUUGCUAGUGGUUGGUUAUUCUCACAGUAAGGGGAUGGCCAUCUCCUUCUUGGUUCUGGCGGUGGGUUUUAGUGGAUUUGCAAUAUCAGGUUUCAACGUCAACCAUCUAGACAUCGCUCCUCGCUACGCCAGCAUCCUCAUGGGUAUAUCAAACGGGGUGGGGACCCUGUCAGGGAUGGUCUGCCCUCUAAUAGUGGGAGCCAUGACAAAGAACAAGACGCGGGAAGAGUGGCAAUACGUCUUCCUCAUCGCCGCCCUGGUGCACUACGGAGGAGUGGUGUUUUAUGGGAUCUUUGCAUCUGGGGAGAAACAGCCAUGGGCCGACCCCGAAGAAACCAGCGAAGAGAAGUGCGGCUUCAUCGACGAGGACGAGCUGGCCGAAGAGACGGGUGACAUCACCCAGGGUUACGGCGCCAUGGCCGGUCCGGCUAAAAGCUACGGGGCCACUGCGCAGCUCAACGGAGGUUGGGUUCAGGACUGGGAUAAGACGGAGGAGUAUGUUCAGGAACCGGCCGGAAAGAUGUACGCUGAGCGCGGGUACUCUUAAGCCGGACUCGUCUGUUUACGGGGGGGAAAAAAAUACAGACUCUGCAUCACGGAUUCGCACAACAUUCACUUAGAUGUUUAAAUCCAUUCUGUGUGAAACCGUCACUACUUUCAAAAAGCCAAUGUAAACGAAUAGUUGAAUGCAAUGCAGAACAAUCCUCACUAGAUUCUCACACGCUCUCGUCACAUCUACCUACUAUAGGGCUUCACUAUAAAGAGAGCAAAGAAAAACUGCAGGCCUACGUUGUACUUCUUAGGCACUCAAAACCUCAUCAAUCUACUUGAACAACGGGAACCAGAUGACACUGCAGUUGACCAUCGAAUAGGGGCUUUCUCUGAAAUACCACUAUGAUUGCACUGAAACUAUAAGUAUUCUAAAUCAAGAUUUUAGUCAGUUUCUCAGAUGUGUUUUAUGUACUGUAUAUACCUGUAUACUGUUUCUGUGAGACUAUUGUGGAUUUUGGGUCGUUGAUCUGUGUUAACAUUAAUAUAAAAGGCCAUAUUUUUCAUGGACAGCACCUUUUCAGGGAGAUGUCUGCUUGCAAAAAAAGGUCUCCUUCUCCUCGAGCGAGGCCUAUAAUACUCUAUAAGACAAAAAUAGCGUGAGUGAAGUUGAACUGUAGAGUUUUAGUGUGUGUUUGUUGCAUGAAUUUGCUCAGAUCAAUGUUUCCGAUGCAACCGCCUCACAGUCAUCGAUAGUCCUCAUUCGGCUCCCUGCUUUGUUCCUAGGCGUCUUCUGCCAUUAUGAAUAAUAAGAUGAACUUCGAUGAAUCAGGUGCCAGUCGUGAUUUGAGACCAAUCAAAAAAGUUUUGAAGGCGAUUGCUCAGAGGACAUUGUUUAUUGAUGUUUGGUGUGCACUGCAAUAAAUUCUUGUACCAGCCGCCAUCCGUCACAUUCUGUUUUGUAAUGUAACACUGGCUUGCUGUAUCUAACUGUAAUUGUUUUGGAGUCAUGUGAUGCUCAACAUUAAGGUGUGUGUUUUAACGAAUUACUAGUGUCUGGAGAAGCCAGCUUUAGUGCUCAUGGUGCAGGACGAGUGGCAUUUCGACAGCGAGGAAUGCAGUAUCGUGUGUGAACAACCAGGUUGUCGUGAUCUCUUGGUGUUUCUUGGUUGUUCUCAUUGUCACCAAAAGUAUUUUGUUGACACUUUGAUAUCGUCACGUUUGAUCGGACCACUUGAGUUAAUAGAUCGCUCUUCCACAUGCAUUUAUUUGCUAUUUGUGCACUUUCUUAAUUUUAAUGUAUGAAAUUUGCAAGGAUGUUUAAAAUAUAUGAAUAUUUAAGAAUGUUUAAGCUGACCAAAAGAUGCUAUUGCGGCUUUGUGCCUGAAGUUUAUGUAAACAUAUAAAUGUGAUUUUAUGGCUUCUAAUAUUGUGUUUAAUGAAGAGGUAUGUUGAUGUCAAAAGUGUUAAAAGUAUAAAGAAUACUAUCAUUUUAUAAAAAACAAAAAACAAAAGUC